CGUGCGCGGGGGUGGGGGGGGCGCUUCCCUCUUUCUCUUUGGCCUCCAUCUUGGCUGCGGCAGCGGGAGCCGGGUCGCCAUCAUGCAGCUCUUCGUCCGCGCCCGGGACCUCCACACCCUCCAGGUGACCGGCCAGGAGACCGUCGCCCAGAUCAAGGCCCGUGUGGCGUCGUUAGAAGGCAUCGCCGCCGAAGACCAGGUCCUGCUGUUGGGAGGGUCUCCCCUGGAAGAUGAGGCCAUCCUGGCCCAGUGCGGGGUGGAGGCCCUCUGCACCUUGGAAGUCGUCGGCCGCAUGCUGGGAGGUAAAGUCCAUGGUUCUCUGGCCCGUGCCGGCAAAGUGAGAGGCCAGACGCCCAAGGUGGCCAAACAGGAAAAGAAGAAGAAGAAGACGGGGCGCGCUAAGAGGCGGAUGCAGUACAACCGGCGUUUCGUCAACGUGGUGCCCACCUUCGGCAAGAAGAAGGGUCCUAAUGCCAACUCCUAAAUCCCCGGUGGUCCCUUGUCCGUCUGUCCCCAAUAAAGUUCUUUUCAAACACCC